CACAAGCCCCGGAGAGAGCAGAGGCACCACAGAGCCAGGAUCCCGUCUUUCUGUUUCUCUGCCACUGAUUUGAUCAAACACAUGUUGGUUUGCAGUCUCUCAAAGAUUGCUCUGACCUUGCUGCAGACCUCUGGCAAAGACAACAGACUUACGGUGUAACAUCUACAGUCGGAAAAUGAAUUGCACAAGAGUUCUCCACGCCUUUGGUAGUCACCCCCAGCCAGCUGCGAUGCCAGUCGACCUCGCCAUGUGCCUGAGCCUCAGCCGGCGUCAACCCCUUUAUCAACUGCUGUCCAUGUCCCCGCUGAAACCCACGCAGCAUUGCUGCCAGGUGGCUGACUGUCCGCCGAGGACUAAACUUCGCUCUUCGCAUCGCUCCUUCUCUUCCCCCUACCCUUCAUCCUCGUCGCUGCCCUCGUCCCCUGUGCCCCCAGGGCCUCGGAGCUGUUUCCGCAGGGACGGCGCGGGUCUGAACAAGAAGCGCGUGGUGUUUGCAGAUGCCAAGGGACUGGCUCUCACCGCUGUACGUCUCUUUCACCCCGAGCCCUCUUCCCCUGCAUCGACCCUGCUGACGAAACCCUCCCCACCCGAACUGCAAGGCCAGCAGCCGAGCUCAAACAAACCGCAGCGCUACAAGCUGAAGCUGGGUUUCCCUCAGCCAACGCUUGACUUCAAAGCCUUCCUCGCACGUCUGCGAGAGACGCGCAUCCAGCUGGAAAGCUGCAACAUUUCAGAGCACUCCUUGACUGGCAAAGUGUGUGUCUCUCAUGUCAGUAUUGAAAAGGCUGUGCACAUAAGGGUGACCUUUGACUCUUGGCGGAGCCAUCAUGACAUUCCCUGCACAUUCCUGCAGCAGCAGCGCUGUAGGGGUUCUGAUCUGGACGUUUUUGCCUUCGAUUUAAGCUUACCGAAGAACAUAGAUCCAAAGGAGCGAGUUGAGUUUUGUGUGUACUUCAGGCCUGGACCUGGCACAACGCCGCACUGGGACGACAACAGGGGUCAGAAUUACAGGGUGUGCAUGGAAAAAGAUGGGUCUAAUGCUAACCAGGGCGAUGCCAAUUGUUCUUAUCCCACACUUUUACUCCAUCAGCCACCAUUGUGGCCAUCACAUGUGUCCCCCAGUAUGCAGAACUCUGCUGAGCUUCAGUAUCUUCAGAGGAGUUUAUCAAGCAGAGUCAGAGCAGAGUGGAAGACUCUGUGUUCAGAUCAGUAAGAUCAGUGAAUUUACCCCAUGACCUGUCACCAGAGCCUGUAAAUAAUAUGACAAUAUAAAUGAUCUGAUAUUUAAGAGAGUUGUUGCUUUUAGGGAUGUAUGGACUUUCUGAAAUCUCCAACUCAACCACCUGAGCUCAACUACCCUGCUGGAAUGUGAAUAAUAUAUGCUGAUU